AGUGUGUCAGACAGUAGAAACAGUACAUGUAGGCAGCAGCAGCAGCAGCAGCAGCAGCAGUUUGAGCUCUACAUCUCACACUGCUCUGAUUCAGAUCAGCUUCAAGGACGUUAGAGAGACAUCCAAUGACUGGAAAUAUUUGGAAACAAAAUCAGGAAACGACAAACGGUUGAAAAUGCUCACCGUUAGUGUUUCAUGGACACAUCGAAGCCUGAUAACACAAACUGUGAUUGCAGCCUGACGUGGGACCGAUGCCAAGGCAAGCAGCUCCAGGAUGUUAACCCUGCAGCGGCAGUAACACAGAGGCUACACAGGAGCAUGGAGCUCGUGUUGGUGCAGUUUGACUUUGAAUACACGGGGAAGGACGGUCGCCUCGUCUCCAUCAAGACGAAUGAAAGCUACAUCCUGCUCUCCAAGACUAACGAGCACUGGUGGCACGUCUGCAAAGACCAGCACACCAGGCCCUUUUAUGUCCCUGCACAGUAUGUGAAGGAGGUUCAGUCAGUUUCUGCAGACUCCACCGGUCUGAAGGAGAAGCUGGACCCACCGGAGUGUGAGGCCAACAGUAAGCCGGUGGAAGUGGCCAUUGUAACACCAGCUAAGACAUUUACUCGGGACGGUUCAGGAGGGAAAUACCGCUUUUCCACUUUCGGUUUCUGUGAGGAUUUACCUGUUCUGAAGCUCUGUGAGCCUUUUAAGGCAGGGCAGACCACAAGCAGAAGCAGCAGCUUUGCAGAAAACCUGUGUGACAAAGAGACAAAAAAAACCUCUGCAUCACUUGAUAACGACAAAAU